GGGCGGGGAGGCCGCUCUGCCCCGGAAGCCGGCGCGGCUCAGCUGACGGCGGCGGCGGCCGAGCGGGAAGAGGGCGCUGCGGCCGGGGCCGGGAGCUGGGGGCGGCGCUGGGGCCGCGGGAGGGGGGGUUGUAGCGGGGUCGGCCGGAGCCGGCAGCGCUGGGACCGCCGGCUUCAUGUUUCCUGUAGCAGGUGGUAUCGGCCCACCAGGAGGUAUGAUUCCUAUUCAACAGCAAGGGUUUCCAAUGGUAUCUGUCAUGCAAUCUAAUAUGCCAGGCAUGAUGGGAAUGAAUUACGGCUCUCAGAUGUCUCCUGGACCGAUGACCAUGCAGGGUGGCAUGCCCCUUGGGGCUAUGCAAGCAACUGGAAUGUCUUUUAUGGGACAGGCUUCUUUCUUAGGAAUGCGCCCAGCAGCUCCACAAUACACCCCUGACAUGCAGAAACAAUUUGCAGAAGAGCAACAAAAAAGGUUUGAACACCAGCAAAAAUUCUUAGAAGAAGAGAGAAAACGACGCCAAUUUGAAGAGCAGAAACAAAAGCUGAGACUCCUAAGCAGUGUGAAACCAAAGACAGGUGAGAAGAGCAGAGAUGAUGCUUUGGAAGCUAUUAAGGGAAAUUUAGAUGGGUUUUCAAGAGAUGCUAAAAUGCACCCCACUCCAGCAUCGCAUCCAAAAAAACCAGAUCACCCUACGCCAUCACAUUCUACUGUAUCUGUCUCCCAACCCUCUGCUUUUCUUGAUGAUGAAGAAUUUAGUGACUUUAUACAAGGGUCUGUUGAAACCCCACCGUUGGUGCCUCAGUCCUCUUUCCAGGCUUUUCAGUCUUACCACCCUACCACCCAGGCUCGGCAACUGCUUUCAGAAAAGGCUGUAGUCAAACCUCUGCCUUCAGCCCAGAUUCCAGUAUCUUCCAUCCUGCAUGAUACCAUUGGGCAGGUUCCUUAUUUCUCUACCUCUGCAUCUUCGCACAAAACCCAUAAAACAGGCCAUUCCUUGGAGGACUCGCUCUUAAUUUAUGAUUUAAGUGCAUCUGGACAGGAGCAAACCAAACUUAAAACAUCUGAAAUUGAACAUAAAGCCUCAGCCGCAAGCCAGGUUCAUCCCAGUGUAACCGUGAAUAACGGGAAUGCUGUAGGUGGGCUUGUAAGUGGUACCACCGCUGCAGAGGUGUACAAGGCUUCACAACAAAACAUAGCAGUUGAAGAGUGUGGUGUUGGAGUAUUCCCUUCCCAAGAUCCAAUCCAGCAAAUGAUGCCACCUUGGAUUUACAAUGAAAGCUUGGCUCCAGAUUUGUAUAAGAAAAUUUUAGAAACCACUAUGACUCCUACUGGAAUAGAUACUGCUAAACUCUAUCCCAUUCUGAUGUCAUCUGGACUUCCCAGGGAGACCCUUGGACAAAUAUGGGCCUUAACCAAUCGUACCACACCUGGAAAACUUACCAAAGAAGAGCUUUAUAUUGUCCUGGCUAUGAUAGCAGUAACUCAGAGAGGAGUACCUGCAGUGAGUCCCGAUGUUUUAAACCAAUUUCCAUCUGCUCCUGUCCCUACUUUAAGUGGCUAUCCAAUUUCAUUGCCUGCCACAGUGAAUCAACAGCCUAUGAGGCCCUCUGGACCGCCAGUCUCCAUGCCUCUUAAUAUUGGACAGGCAGUCAUAGGAAUUAACAUAACUCCACCAGUGGGUGGAGCUGCAGCACAGGUUUCUAGUGGUUUCAUGCCAUCUUACCCCACAAACCAGGUAGUUAAACCAGAAGAUGAUGACUUCCAGGAUUUUCAGGAUGCAUCCAAGUCUGGCUCACUCGACGAAUCUUUCUCCGAUUUCCAAGGGGAGGGACCUGGAUCCUCCAAAGCAACCAGUUCUCAGCACCGGAGCAGUGUUCCUUCUUUGCUGAUUCCACUCCCUGGCACUAAAACACCUUCCUCAACGGAUAAAUAUGCUGUGUUUAAAGGAAUUGCAGUUGAAAAGCCUUCUGAAAGUGCAGCUAUGUUUGGAGAUUAUGGAGACAAAUACAGUGCUUUCCGAGAGUUAGAACAACCAUCAGAGAGUAAAUACUUAGGAGAUAGCUUUGCAGAAUUCAAAUCUGCAGGAACCGAUGAUGGUUUCACAGAUUUUAAAACCGCUGACAGCAUCUCACCACUAGACCCACCUACAAAAGAGAGAACUUUCCCUGCAUCCUUCCCCUCUCUACCUGCACAGCUAAAACAACAAACACAAGCAAAAACCUCUCUGAAUCUGGCAGACCUAGAUCUCUUUUCCUCCACUGGCGAGAACAAACAACUUUCAUUUCCAGCUGCAUUUAGUUCAUCAAAAUCAACCUCUUUCCCUGCACCACCACCUCCAACAUCUGCUGCUGCUCCUCCACCAGCACCCAGUAAAAGCUCGAGCUUGGCUGACGACUUUGGAGAAUUCAACCUUUUUGGGGGAUUGUCUAAUUGUCUAUCAGUUGGGGGACAAGAUGACUUUGCAGAUUUUAUGGCUUUCAAUAAUAGCAGUGGCUUUUCUGAACAAAAAAUGGAUGACAAAUACAAAGCUGUUAAGCAAGAGGCCAAUCCUGUUCCUCCAGCUGGCUCCUCUCUCAGUGCAAUGAAAAGUGGGCAGAAUUCUGCCGCUGCUGCUCCCACCAAAUAUGAUAUCUUUAAACAGCUUUCUCUGGAGGGCUCUGGAACAAGUGUUGAGGAACUGAAAGACAGCACCCCUUCAGUGAAAAGUGAUGACGACUUUUCCGACUUCCAGUCUAACAAGUUUUCUUCCAUGUGUAGUAACAUGGAUAAAUCCCUGGUAGACAAAGUGGCAGCUUUCAAGCAUGCCAAGGAAGACUCUGCUUCUGUCAAGUCUCUGGAUCUCCCCUCCAUCGGGGGAAGCAGUGUUGGCAAGGAGGAUUCUGAAGAUGCGCUCUCUGUUCAGUUUGACAUGAAACUGGCCGAUGUGGGAGGAGAUCUUAAGCAUGUCAUGUCUGAUAGCUCUUUGGAUUUGCCAACAGUUAGUGGCCAGCAUCCGCCAGCAGCAGAUAUAGAUGACUUAAAAUGUGCUCCCUUUGGAAACUAUAACAGUGGCUCCGCAGUAAGCAGCCUUGCAAGCUAUGACUGGUCUGACACAGAAGACAUUCAUCAGAGCAGGAAGCUCUCUUCCUUUGUCCUUUCUUCAGGAAGUGGAGCCUCUUCAGCUACUUCAGUUCUUCAGAAGAAGGAGACUUUGUUUGGCAGUUCAGAAAACAUUACCAUGACAACAGUUUCCAAAGUGACAACCUUUUCUACUGAAGAUGUUCUACAGGAUGUUAAAUUUGCAGCCUUCGCAAACUUUAAAGAUCCUGGUCCCAGGUCCAGCUGUCAAAGUGAUGAUGAGAUUGAAGGCUUCAGAGAGUUCUCAAGACCUUUGUCAGAAGCGAAGGAGUCAGCAACAGUUGACGCAAGCCCAGAGAUUGACUUAGCUACCGAUGGUAUCUUAUCUGAAAUGGCAAAAGAAUGCAUGGAUGACUUCGGAGAAUUCCAAAGCGAAAAGCCAAAAAUCAGCAAAUUUGACUUCUUGAUGGCAACUUCGCAAGGCAAGAUGAAAUCUAGUGAAGAAAUGAUCAAGAGUGAACUUGCUACCUUUGACCUCUCUGUUCAAGGGUCUCACAAAAGGAGCUUGAGUCUGGGCGACAGAGAAAUAAGCCGUUCCUCUCCUUCACCAGCUUUGGAGCAACCGUUUAGAGAUCGCUCAAAUACGUUGAGUGAGAAGCCUGCUUUGCCUGUCAUCAGAGACAAAUAUAAAGAUCUAACUGGGGAGGUAGAGGAAAGCGAGAGGUAUGCAUAUGAGUGGCAGAGAUGUUUGGGAAGUGCCCUACAAGUCAUUAAGAAGGCAAAUGAUACCCUAAAUGGAAUCAGUAGUUCGUCUGUUUGCACUGAAGUAAUCCAGUCGGCACAAGGCAUGGAAUAUUUAUUAGGGGUUGUUGAGGUCUAUAGAGUAACAAAACGAGUUGAACUGGGUAUCAAGGCCACCGCAGUGUGUAGUGAGAAACUCCAACAGCUGCUAAAGGACAUCGAUAAAGUAUGGAACAACCUAAUAAGCUUCAUGUCACUUGCAGCUUUAACGCCAGAUGAAAACUCAUUGGAUUUCUCUUCUUGUAUGCUGCGUCCUGGGAUUAAAAAUGCCCAAGACCUCGCCUGUGGGGUGUGCCUCUUGAAUGUGGAUUCUAGAAGUAAAAAAGAAGAGAAACCUGUGGAAGAGCAUCCUAGAAAAGCGUUUAAUUCAGAAACGGAUCAUUUCAAACUGGCUUAUGGAGGGCACCAGUACCAUGCAAGCUGUGCAAACUUCUGGAUCAACUGUGUGGAGCCGAAACCUCCAGGCCUCAUUUUGCCAGACCUGCUUUGAAAGGACUUACGCUGAAGGAGGGAUCACAUCAGUCAAUGACAAGACAUGGUCUUGAUGGUGGUGAUGUAGGGGAAUAAACACUGAAGGCUUUUUUGGGCAGCGGUUAGAGUAGUGAAAUGUUCAUUUCUGCAUUUCUUCUGUACUGCAAUGGGUCAAAACCACUCUCUCAUAUGAGUUCCCCAUGAAGAAUUUCACUGGAAGGUUCAAGCCAUCAUUGAGGUUUUCAGAAAUAAUCAGAGAAUGUUGCACUGUGGCAUUUCAAUCUCUCUCAAGCUGAAAUUGGUUAGCACUUUUUGAGAUGUAGCAACUCACUGUGGUAAUCAAGGUAAAUUGAUGCAUGAGGUGGAAUAGGUCUUACUGUUUCAAGAAAGAUGAAAUACUAGGCUGUGUGUGUUUAAACUGAAACGGCCCCUUAACCAAAUGCGUGAAAUGUGUAUUUGCUAACUAUUCUUUCCUCUAAUUUUACUAUAUGAACCCAGAGUGGUGUUUUUCCUUAGAUAUUUGCUCCUACAGUAUUACAAUGCACAAGAAGUGACAGUAAUGUUCAAGGAGAAGUAAGUUAUUGACCUAGAAGGAAAUGGAUUGUUAGGUUGCAAUGAGCCAUUGUUUAUUUAUAGAAUUAUUGUUCUGUAUUACAGAAUACAUUUUAUUCAUACAUUUAGUGGGUUAGUAUUGGGAGAAGAAACUGGGAUAAAAAUCAUUGUAUCUAAAUUUAUCAUACCAUAUCUUUCAGGGGCGGCUCCAGGCCCUAACACGCCAAGCGCGUGCUUGGGGUGGCAAGCCGCGGCGGGUGCUCUGGCAGCACCGCCGGGACCAGCGGACCCUCCGCAGGCAAACCGCCGGAGGCGGCCUGCCUGCCGUGCUUGGGGCGGCAAAAUCCCUAGAGCCGCCCCUGUAUCUUUAGGCUUCAGUACAGGCAGCUGGAUUUUAAAACUUGCAGUCUUUACUUUGAUGUAAAUACUAGACAGACCUUUUUUCCCCUCUACUGGACUUGUCCUUCAACUGCAGACUUAAGGGGAUAUACUUUCAAAAUGAUGUAUUAUGCAUUUAGCCCUCUGCGCUUUAUUUUCUAAUCAUAUAACUAAGUUGCUGCACAUCGUGUUGAAAAUCAUACCCCACUAAUAUCAAAUGCCCACUCCUGUAUAUUUCACUACACAUUUGUGGUGUGUAAAAAUGCUUUUCUUGAUGGGACUCCUAUGCGUAUCUCAUGCAAUUUAAUGUUGUCCAUCAUGGCUCACUCUUUCCCAGACUCCCAGAACUGAUGGCACUGGUUGCCUUUGAGUUCAUAGUUCAAACAGAUAUUAGCUUUUUCACGCUGGAAUUCGAGAUUUCCCAGCAGACUGCACAAAUGUGAAAUACAUGGGUGCUGUUGGCCAGUGCUGCUGUCUGGACAGUAAGUGAUUAAUGUAUCAGGCUAUCAGAUGAUGUUACUCUCAAAUCUAGAUGUAUAAGAUUCUUUCUUUAGAUACAACAUCCAGAUGACAGCGCAGAAUACAGAAAUAAAAUAAGUUUACUGUGAAGACAACUUCCCAGUUCAGAAAGAACAUAACAGUGCUUGAACUUCUGAAUUACUCAUUGCUUUACAGAAUUUUUAAUCCAAUGGAAAUGUGCUUUUGUUUCAAAAGGGCCUUACCACUAUAUGGCCUCUUAGUUUUGACUCUGUGAGGUAAGCAAGAGUUGCUGUUUGUUUUCUCAGUAUAACUGAUGAUUUCAUCAUUCAUUGAUUUAUUGUAGUUUCUCAAACAGACCUUGAGAGAAGCUUCCUUCUUUCCAAGAUGUCAACAGCUGUCAAAGCAAGCCUUGUCUCUGUUCUAAGUAAAUAGCUAAUAUUGACCUGUGGUUUUGAUUUUCUGUGAACAAAAUUGCAUAGGGAUAAAAAUGAUGGUUUGUAUAAAAGGUUAGUUCUAUUCACAGAUUAAUAUACACCAAAUGAAAGAGAUCUUGGCUAAUAAGAAUGCUAGGUGAAUGACCCUUAUUUACAUGAAUUAAAUUUAAAAUAGAUCUUCCUAGUCUCAGAAACCUGCUUAUUGAUCUAAUAAGUAACAUACUGCGCCUCCUGGUAUCAGAUCCAAGCUAAUCAAGUGGCAGCUUUUCAAUAACAAUCAGCACCCACCUUCUGCUGUGCAAAGUUUAUCGAAGCAAGCUGAUUUCUGAUUGGCUGGCCACUAUUUUACUUACUAGUUGUGUUGUAUAAGUGCAAUAGACCUCAGAACAGCUCAUUGUGACAAGAUAAUUGUCUCCCUCGUCAAAUAUUUCAUGCUUAACCUUGACAAUACGCUUCUUGCCAUGCCAUGUGCUGCUGUACACUUCUCCUCAUGCCUGGUGCUUACUAUUGCAAGUAGUCCCACUGACUAGUAUAGGACUUACAGUAGUAAGUUAGCAGGAUCAGACCCUUGGGCCCCGAUUCAGCAAAGGACUUAAGCAAACGUCUAACGGUAAACACACGGUUUGUACCGCUGAAAGCAAUGGCGCUGUUUGCAUGCUUAAGUACUCGGCUGACUCAAGGUAUUAGCUUGUAUACAUGCUGUACUGGGACAAGGGAAGCUUUUUAUUAGCAUGGGCUUCCUCCGCGGCUCUUCUUCUUUCAGGUUUAAGAGCAUGGCCCGAGCUAAAGUAGCUACAGUGUGGAAACUCUACAGCAAACUUGUAUUCCAAAUACAGUACUGGUCAUUGCACUGUGGCAAAAGUCGCUUCUAAUUAUGUUCUUUUUUUAAUGUACCCGCUUGUUAAGCAAAUAUGUUAUCUCUGUUAGAAGUAUCCAGCACGUCUUUGGCACAUAAAUAGGGGGAAAGGGCAUUUAUGAGUAUAAUUACAGUAGAGCUUAUUGGAGUAUGGCACUACUAGUCCCCUGCUCUGUACAGAAUGGGAACGUGGCAGGCAGUGUUACACUGAUCAUGUCAAGCAAAAGGCAUUUUUCUAAACACCUUCAAAGGGUUCUCAUGACGUGAAUGUUUUACAUUUAGAUACCACUGAUAAGGGCAUUGCACAAGAAGGAUCAUUCCACUUACAUAUCCUAGUCAUUAAAAUGACUCAGUGUUGCAUUCAGCUUCUGAGCUAUUAUACUGUUAGCCAAGGGCCCAGUGUCCUUGGAAACUGUAUCCAAGGUUACAGUAUUUUCUACACUGGAUUGUGUCGGACCACUUUCCCUCGCUUUAAUUGAGCGUAGGUUAACACACACACACUGAGACUUUUUGUCUUGGCCUAUGGUGUUUUAGAACGGUAAAUGAAUUUCUCUUUGGAUGUCGUCUGUUUCAUUAUCAAAAUUUGUGAAGAUGAAUAUUUUUAAUGUACAUAUUCUCUGGAUUUGCCUUGGGAUUGCCUAAGGAAAAUUAUUUUUAUUUGUGUUUUUUGUUUGUAUCUUGAUUUUUAACAGGUUAUUUUCUUGGUUAAUUUAAAUUUUUUUUGCUAUCUCAUACUCCAUAGGUUCCUAAUGGUGCAGUUUGUCUAAACUUCUCAGUUGAAAUAUACUAAAGUAAUCUUUCCUUCCAGUACUUAUAGUUUGAUUUGUCCCUAAUGCCUGUACCAAGAUCUCUUGAUAAAUUGGUUGUCAUGUGACUUUUUAAUUACCCCAGCAAUCUUUCCGACCUCUCUUUGUUAUAAAGUUUUUUUAAUUUGUUACAUGUGAAUUAUUACAUUCUGCACUUGAACAUUCCAGUGAAUUUUCAGCCCCAGCAGCAGUUUGUUUUUACUUAAGUUUAUUUUGAACUAAAUUGAGUAGCACUUUCUUGGAAAACCAUGUAAAAUGUGAAAUUAAGAUGAAGUACGGCCUUAGAAAAGGAAGCUUGUGAAAACCCAAGUAAUACACUCUUUCCUAAUUAGUUACAUGUUAAAUUAAUGAGGCCUAGAACAAAAAGGAUGCCUUUUCAAUAAAAGCUGCUAUUGUACAAUUACUUUUUUCUUAAAUAUUUUUUGCUCUCUGGGCCUUUAUUUAAUUCUGAUUCUCAAUGUUAAAAUAUAAAUGUAAUAGUUGUUUCUUCCUGCAUUUGGGUGAAUAUACAUUUCUCUUGUGUAGAUGGCUUUGUGAUUAGUAUAGCAGUGGAUCCUCUUGUUUUAAUUUGUGAUGUGCUGGAGUAGUUGCUAGUAUUUUAAACCUGGUAAGAAUAAUUUUUAUUAUUUUACCUUUUAAUAUAUGAUUUACUUCACAUAUUCUUGCAACGGUUUAUAAAUACUUUGUUGAAUCUCAAUGAAAUGUUGAU